ACGCCCUGGUGACAUCACGAGGCCUGGUGGGAAAGAGGAAGAAGAAACAACAACAGCAGCUCUGCUGGGCGAGUGACAGCGAGAGAGAACAUACGAGACUAGUUGAAUGUUGUUAAUUGCUAUCGAAUUCGUAGUAUCAGUUAUUGUUGUUAUUCAGCGCAAAUAUGUCUUUGUUGGGGAAGUUAUUUGGCGCUGGAGGUAAAGGUGGGAAAUCGGCUAGCCCUCAGGAGGCGAUCCAGCGACUUCGAGACACAGAGGAAAUGUUGACGAAGAAACAGGAAUUUUUGGAGAAAAAGAUUAACCAGGAACUCAUCAUUGCGAAGAAGAAUGGCACAAAAAAUAAAAGAGCUGCUCUGCAGGCAUUAAAACGGAAGAAACGGUACGAGAAGCAGCUGGGCCAGAUCGAUGGAACGCUGUCCACCAUCGAGUUCCAGAGGGAGGCGCUAGAGAACGCCAACACCAACACCGAAGUGCUGAAGAACAUGGGCUUUGCUGCCAAGGCCAUGAAGGCAGCCCAUGAAAACAUGGACAUAGACAAAGUGGACGACUUAAUGCAGGACAUCACAGAGCAGCAGGAGCUGGCACAAGAAAUCUCUGACGCUAUUUCUAAACCCGUAGGGUUCGGAGAGGAAUUUGAUGAAGAUGAUCUCUUGGCAGAAUUGGAAGAACUGGAACAAGAGGAACUAGACAAAAACCUGCUAGAAAUCGCAAGCACAGAGAAUGUACCGCUGCCAAAUGUACCCUCAAAUGUACCCUCUGCUGCAAGACCAGCAGUACAGAAGAAGCAAGAGGAAGACGAGGAAGACAUGAAGGAUUUGGAAGCAUGGGCCGCCAACUAGUCACUGCUGUUACUCCAUAGCUGCUAUAGGUGGAAAAGAAAGCCUAUGGUUUAGUGUGAUGUGUUUUCGUAUUUGGGGAAGGAAUAGAAUAAACAGACUUAAAAAAAAAAAGACUAAACAUCAACUUGACAACCUUUCGCUUAAUGCCAAGCUCAAUCUCCUAUAGAUGGGCAAUGGCAUGUUGUACCUUUCACCACCAAAAGCCCCAAAUCUCUGGAGCAACCAAACAGAAAAGGCUAAUUAAAAAUGUGUGUUUUUCUGUGCGUCCCUCACCUCGUUCUCUUCUGUAAAGCGUUGGUGCAUUUCCUCCUCUUAGCCCACAGAAUAUAUUUUGAAGAGAAAGUAUAAAAAUGACUCCUCAAAACCUCCAUGUAGAAUUUCUAAUACCUCAUACUGUUAAUGUGUAGUGCAACAAGAUAUUACAAUAUCCUGUAUUCAUUUUUGUUGUUUAUGCACAAUAUCAGUGUCAUGUGUUCAAAUGGCAAUCAGCUGUUCUUGAAUCUGUUUGUAAAAAUAUACAUUUAAAAUAUACCUAUUUUACAUUAUAUUUAUUAAUAUCAAUUUCCAGCGUGAAGAAUUUGAUUCCCAUUUGCAGGGCUGUUGGGUUUAAAUGAGCUUUUGACUGGAUUUAUUUAACUAUAUUCUUCCAGAUACUCUGGCUUUCAAACAGGCAGAUAUCUAUGAGGAAAACUCCACAUGGUGUCCUUGAAAUUCUUCUCUGGGUAAUGGUUCACACGUUUAUGUAUCUUUGAAGUGAAUGAAUCUAACCGAACCUACAACUAGUUACAUUUUGCAAACACAAUGACAUUUCUCUUGAAAUAUGUUUGUACUAUAUCUGUUCUGGUUUGUGCAACUGAAGUGACUGUGUGAGUGACAGUAUGCGUACCUCUAUGAGUGUGUUUGUUCACUUUCAUCUUUAAGAGACAUUAACACUAGAUGAGGUUUAAAAAAAUAUAUAUAUUAGGGUUUGGGCUUUUCAGAGUUAUGUAAUUUUUUUGUUUUAUGAUAUGCUGUUGUGUGUAGGAAGAGAUAAUUGAUUGUAUUUCAACUCCAGGCAGUCAAAUAAACCUAACAUCAUGGCUUUUCUGAGUUUGUGAACUUACCCCACUAUUUUAUAGUUCACCGUGGUGCUUCAGAUGUUUUCAAAUGUUACAUUUUUCUCCCAAAUCAAUUUUUUCUGUCUAAAUGUAACUAAUGUUUUAUGACCGCAUUUUGUUAUGUCUGACAUGCUCUGUGUGUUUGUAUAAGGGGCUGUUUUUUGCAGUCUGGUUCCUGUUUUUGUUUGGUCUGUCUUCCUACCCUGCCUAUCACAACUUGCCCUUGUUCUAAUGGUAUGCCUAAAUGAAACCUUUUGACAAAUUAUGUGCUUUUUUGUUAAUUAAAAAAAAAAAUACUAAGAA